AUGCAGGGAGGGAGAAACCUAGAGACUUCAUCAGAGCUGAAGCAGCUGCAGGGACUGGCCAGACAAAGGGAGGGAGAGGGGAGGAGCCUGGGCGCUGAGAAAGUUUAUGGGGAAAGUUUAGCAGAGCAAGGAACCAGGCGGGCGGUGGCUGGGGAAGGCCAGACCCUGAUUACCCUGCUGCUCUUCAGAGGCUUGACUCAACCAGGGCUGCAUACAGGCCUGGGGAAUGACCCCGAUCUCAAACCUGUGCCUUCUGCGGCUGCACGGCUAUCUCAAGCUGUCUCUGCCUCUGUGCCUGGCCUGCCCUGUCACCCUUCCCUGUGCCACAUGGGCCCUCUGUCUCCUACCAGGACCAUGCGCCUCUGGGGGCCUCGGAGCCUGGGGGUGGCUUUGGGAGUCUUCAUGACCAUCGGAUUUGCUCUCCAGCUCUGGGGGGGGCCCUUCCAGAGGAGGUUACCUGGGCUGCAGCUCCGACAGCCCUGGGUCCCAUCCCCAGGACCAGCUGUUCCAUCCUGUCCUCCUCGGCAGCGACUGGUGUUCCUGAAGACACAUAAAUCUGGGAGCAGCUCUGUGCUGAGCCUGCUUCAUCGCUAUGGGGACCAACGUGGGCUGCGCUUUGCCCUCCCUGCCCGCUACCAGUUUGGCUACCCAAGGCUUUUCCAGGCCUCUUGGGUCAAAGGCUACCACCCUCAGGGUGGAGACACCCAGCCCCCCUUCCACAUCCUCUGUCAUCACAUGAGGUUCAACCUGAAAGAGGUACUUCAGGUCAUGCCUUCUGACAGCUUCUUCUUUUCCAUUGUCCGAGACCCAGCAGCUCUGGCCCGCUCUGCCUUCUCCUACUAUAAAUCCACCUCAUCGGCCUUCCGCAAGGCGCCUUCCUUGGCCGCCUUCCUAGCUAAUCCUCGUGCCUUCUACCGACCUGGGGCCCGUGGGGACCACUAUGCACGAAACUUGCUAUGGUUCGACUUUGGUCUCCCUUUUCCCCCAGAGAUGAGGACCAAGAGAGGAUAUCCUCAUCCCCUCAGAGAUCCCAACCCUCCUGAGCUGCAUGUCCUGCCUUCUGGCACUGGCUCUCGAGCCCAUACCCUGGAUCCCAAUACUCUCUUUCAUCCUGCUCCCUUUGCUGCUGAUGGUCACAGCCAGUUAUCCCACUCUGCUGCUUUAGAUUUGGGGUCUUCGUCCUUCAUCCAGUGGAGUCUGGCCUGGCUAGAUUCUGUCUUUGACUUGGUCUUGGUGGCUGAGUACUUUGACGAGUCACUGGUUCUGCUGGCAGAUGCCCUAUGCUGGGGUCUAGAUGAUGUGGUGGGUUUCAUGCACAAUGCCCAGGCUGGAAGUGAGCAGGGCAGAAGUGCUGUCAGCAAUGGUGGACUUACCGCUGAGGACAGGCAGCUAACUGCACAGGCUCGAGUCUGGAACAAUCUGGACUGGGCUCUUUAUGUUCAUUUCAACAGCAGUCUGUGGGCACGGAUAAAGCAAUACGGCCAGAGUCGGCUAGAGAGUGCAGUGGCGGAGCUCCGGGCUCGCCGAGAGGCCCUGGCUAAACAUUGUCUGCUGGGGGGUGAGGCUUUAGACCCCAAAUACAUCACUGACCACCGGUUCCGCCCUUUCCAGUUUGGGUCAGGUAAGGUUUUGGGCUAUGCACUUCGGAGUGGACUGAGCCUCCAAGACCAGGAAGAGUGUGAGCGCCUGGCUACUCCGGAGCUACAGUACAAGGACAAGCUAGAUGCCAAGCAGUUCCCUCCAAAAGUGUCUCUGCCCCUCAAGACUUCAAAGCUACUCUCCCCUUAGGCAUUAGAUCACUGAGUCUUAGGUUAAAGAACAGCUAAGCUACAAGACAUAUAUGAUGGGUGUGGGGCAGCCAGAUGACAUUUCUGCUUCCCGCAGAAAGCAAGUCUGCUCCCUAAGGAUGAAUGGAACUUUGCACGGAUGAGGGCCCAAAGUCCUCCAGGCUGUGCUAUGGAAUCCAGUCCAUCAGCUCCUAGCAGCACUCCUAUACCCUCGAUUACCCCUCCUCCUUUCCAGCCUCCUGGCAGGUUCAU